GGGAGGUUACUUAAGACCAAAGGUGCAUGAGCUGAUCUUUGUACUAAAAACCGUGUUUGGCUGAGAAGCUGCACUGGAUACUUACCCACUGACUUUGAGUGCAGCCGGCGAGGAGGAUGAGUAUCACAGCCGAAACCCACUCCAUACCCCUGAACGAUGGAAACAGAAUCCCCUUGCUGGGACUGGGCACCUACGGGGAUCCGCAAACAACGCCCAAAGGUACUGCUUACGAGGCCGUGAAGCUGGCUAUCGAAGUUGGGUACAGGCACAUCGAUGGGGCCCUGGUGUACUUCAACGAGCACGAGGUCGGCCAGGCCAUACGCGAGAAAAUAGCGGACGGGACCGUAAAGAGAGAGGACAUCUUCUACUGCGGCAAGCUGUGGAACACCUUCCACCCUCCGGAGCUGGUCAGGCCCACCCUGGAGAGGACGUUGAAGGCCCUGCAGCUGGACUACGUGGAUCUCUACAUCAUCGAGCUGCCCAUUGCCUUUAAGCCUGGAGACUCGUUUUACCCAAAGGACGAGAACGGAAAAUACAUUUAUCACGAGACAGACCUCUGUGCCACCUGGGAGGCCCUGGAGGCCUGCAAAGACGCGGGCCUCGUGAAGUCCCUCGGAGUGUCGAAUUUCAACCGCCGCCAGCUGGAGCUCAUCCUAAAAAAGCCGGGCCUGAAGCACAGGCCCGUGUCCAACCAGGUGGAGUGUCAUCCCUACUUCACUCAGCCGAAACUUCUGGAGUACUGUCGCCAGAACGAAAUUGUCAUCGUGGGGUACAGUCCCCUGGGAACCUCCAGAGACGCUUCCUGGGUUAAUCUGAAAAGCCCUCCUCUCUUAGAGGACACUGUUCUGGUUGCCAUCGGCAACAAGUACAAGAAGACAUCCGCUCAAGUGGCUCUGCGGUUCAACAUUCAGAGAGGCGUCGUAGUCAUCCCUAAAAGCUUCAGCCCGCAACGUAUUAUGCUGAACUUUCAGAUAUUUGACUUUUCUCUAACCGAAGAGGAAAUGAAAGCCAUCGAGGGACUCAACAAAAACAUCCGAUUCGUGGAGCUGCUCAUGUGGAGUGACCAUCCAGAGUAUCCGUUCCACGAGGAAUACUAACAGCCUCGAGACCUUCAGUAUAUCAUAGAAUCUAUUCCUGUACCACUUCGGGCCUACAGUUUCUCAAUAAAGAAAAACUGCAAUAAACAACCAA